AUGGCAAGUGGAGUAGAACGAGAUAAAUCUCUGCAGUCAAUAUGUUACAAGCGUGGUUCACUUCAGCUGCUCGAUCAGAGAAAGCUUCCAUUGGAAACUAUUUAUUUGGAAAUCCGAGACACAAAAGAUGGAUGGACUGCAAUAAGAGACAUGGUUGUUCGAGGUGCACCAGCAAUUGCCAUAGCUGCUGCCCUAUCCUUGGCAAUAGAAGCUUCUAACUUGGGGGCUUUGAAUGGGACAUCUGAUGAUGCAGCAUCAUUUCUAAGCAAUAAACUGGAAUAUCUUGUCUCAAGCCGUCCAACAGCUGUAAAUCUUUCAGACGCUGCAACAAAACUCAAGGACGUCAUACAGAAGGCCGCUUCCACUGCUUCGGAAGCACAAACUGUCUUUCAGGCUUACAUUAAAGCUGCUGAAGUGAUGCUUGAAGAUGAUGUUUCUUCCAAUAAAGCAAUUGGAUCCUAUGGAGCUAGCUUCCUUCAGAAGCAGUGGAAUGAUUCUGAGAAGCUUUCUAUUUUGACCCAUUGCAACACUGGCAGUCUUGCAACGGCUGGAUAUGGAACUGCUCUUGGUGUGAUUCGUGCACUUCACGCAGAUGGUGUUCUUGGAAGAGCUUUCUGCACAGAAACACGCCCAUUCAAUCAAGGAUCAAGACUUACGGCAUUUGAGUUGGUGCAUGAAAACAUUCCUGCCACUCUAAUAGCUGAUUCUGCUGCUGCCGCGUUAAUGAAAACUGGGCAAGUGAAUGCCGUAAUUGUUGGGGCUGAUCGCGUCGCAGCUAAUGGUGAUACUGCCAAUAAGAUCGGAACGUACAGUCUUGCCCUUUGUGCAAUGCAUCAUGGUAUCCCAUUUUAUGUGGCUGCUCCUCUCACUUCCAUUGAUCUGUCACUUUCUUCUGGGCAAGAAAUUGUUAUAGAAGAAAGAUCUGCAAAAGAACUGUUGUAUGCCCGAGGAGGACUGGGAGAACAAGUUGCUGCGUCUGGAAUUUCUGUUUGGAAUCCUGCUUUUGACAUUACCCCAGCUAAAAUUAUUAGUGGCAUCAUUACAGAAAAGGGUGUCAUAACAAAAGAUGGGAGUGAUUCAUUUGAUAUUAAGAGUUUCAUACAAAAGGUACUGAGCAAGCAGUAA